GAAAAGGAAGCUGAACAGGCACUGUCAAAAAAGAAGAUGAAGAAGAUGCAGCGUUUGACUGUGGCUGAACUCAAGCAACUGGUGAAGAAGCCAGAAGCAGUUGAGUGGUGGGAUGUUACAGCUUCAGACCCAAAACUGCUAGUAAAUUUGAAGGCUUAUCGUAACACUGUACCUGUACCCGCACACUGGAGUCAGAAGCGAAAGUAUCUUCAAGGAAAACGUGGUAUUGAAAAGCCGCCAUGGGAACUUCCUGACUUCAUUAAGGAUACUGGUAUCAUGGAGAUGCGAGAGGCUGUAAAGGAGAAGGAAGACGCAGCAAAACUAAAGAGCAAGAUGAGAGAACGUGUUGCUCCCAAGAUGGGAAAAUUGGAUAUUGAUUAUCAGAAGCUCCACGAUGCUUUCUUUAGAUUCCAAACGAAGCCAAAACUGUCUCUUCAUGGUGAACUGUACUAUGAAGGAAAAGAAUUCGAAACAAAACUUAAAGAAAAGAAACCUGGGCAGCUUUCAGAAGAACUCAAGACAGCCCUCAACAUGCCUCCUCUUGCACCACCCCCAUGGCUGAUUAACAUGCAACGAUAUGGUCCACCACCAAGUUACCCUAGUUUAAAGAUUGCUGGCUUGAAUGCUCCGAUUCCAGAAGGUGGUCAGUGGGGAUACCAUCCAGGAGGAUGGGGAAGACCUCCAGUAGAUGAAUACAACCGCCCAUUGUAUGGUGAUGUAUUUGGCGUCACUCAACAAGAUGAUUUGCCACCAGAGGUCGUCGAACCAAUUGAUAGAAAACUAUGGGGUGAACUCGAAUCAGAUGAAGAAUUUGAAGAGGAAGAGGAUGAUGAGGAUGAGGACGAGGAGGAAGAAGGAGGAGAUGACAAUGGCACAGAAUCAACGGCACAGGACGAUACAAUUAAGGAGGGAUUGGAAACACCUUCUGGUAUGGCAUCUGUUGCUUCUGGUUUGGAGACACCAGACUUUAUUGAGCUUCGAAAGGAUGUCAGAAAACAAGAGGAGGAUGAGGCACCAAAACAAUUGUACCAGGUCUUGCCAGAGAUGCCCAAGAACAUUACAGGAUUUAUGGGAUCUCAGCACGGGUAUGAUCUGUCUACAGUCGAGAAGCCCGUGACUGCACCCACCACAGCUGUCAGAUCAUCAAAACGCAAGAUGGGUGAUAAUGUGGAUGUGACGAUUGACCCAAGUGAAUUGGAGAGUGGUCUUGAUGAGUCUACAAUGAGAGCCAAGUAUGAUGCAGAAAUGAGAGCCAAAUUGCCAGUUGGUGCAGGUAGCGAGGAUUUGUCUGAUCUGUAUGCAGAACAUGCCAGCCGACAAGCCAAGAAG